UGUGGAAACAGGAUCAACAAUUUAAUUGAAACACUAACCACAUGCGAAAAUCAUAUCGAUAACUUGACACCAAAAAAUAUAACUAGCGUUUUUAGACUACUUGCCAGUAAUCUCGUCGGCGAAAAAGUCAAGAAAAUGGGAGAUUCGGGCACACAAACGCGUUCAGGCUGUAAGUUAAGCGACCGUGGCUUGUAACCUAAUUAACCAAAGUUUGUUAGACAGUAAACUGGUUGUUUUGCCUGUUUUAGGUGGGUUGCUAACUAUAGCUAGCAGGUAACGUUAGCGAAUGAGCUAACCUUAACGUUAAAGGUUUACUGUAACGUUAUAGCUAGCUAACUCGCUUGCAAGGCUCCUUAUAUAGCUAACGUUAGCUAACUUGUCAAGGUUAACUUGGGUCAAGUUCAUGUCAACUCAGGUAUUUAGCUAGGUUAGCUAACUAGAUGGUGCUUUGUAUAAAGUGAUUUGAUUGUUUGACAUUUUUUACAGAUGAGCGGUUGACAGCUGAGGAGAUGGAUGAACAACGCAUCCAGAAUGUUGCCUAUCAAUACCUGUGCCGUUUGGAAGAGGCUAAAAGGUAUGUUCAGUUUAAACUUUCUUCUCAGUUGGUUUCGGGCAAUAACUGACUUUUACUUCAGACUAUCAGUAUCACUUCACCCUAUCAUGGAUAGCUAACUUGCUUUUGAAGUGAAUUGGCCAACUCUCUGUCCACAGGAAACUGGAAAAGCAACUAUCUCUGUCAAUAAGUCUGAUUGCUCAUUAUGUUUCAACACAUCACAUGCAAAUUCUUGCAUUGAUAUUCGCUAGUAUAUUAAUAUUAGACUUACUUUCUCUCUUGACAGGUGGAUGGAAGCUUGUCUCCAUGAGGAGCUUCCUGCCCCGACUGAGCUGGAGGAGGGCCUGAGGAACGGGGUGCUGCUGGCCAAGCUAGGCCACUGUUUCGCCCCCAAGAUAGUCCCCCUCAAAAAGAUCUAUGACCUGGACCAGGAACGCUUUAAGGUCUGAUCUACUGUUCACCGCCCAAUGGUUUUACAGAAAUGCCUCUGUCAGUAAGAAAGACUGAGUUUCCUGCUGAGUAACUUUCUUUUUGACAGUUUGUCCUUUCUUUUUCUCUGAAAAAUAGCACUCUGCCCCUUGUUUCCCUUCUGGAUCCUUUAGAACUACCUAUUUUUACUAGUACCUGCUUUUCUGCUAUAAUAUAGUAUUUUCACGUGACUGAAAACCAACUCCUUUAGAGCUGAGAUUUGAAUUUGUGCUGAGCAAGCAUAAUACUCUAUUUCCAAUGCAUUUAAUAGUGUAGCUGAAUAUCAAAGAUGUGUCAUGAUGCAGAUUAAUCCAACGGAUCAUAUGUUUCUGCCUCAGGGUAUGGGAUUGCAGUUCCGCCACACAGACAACAUCAACCAUUGGCGCAAUGCGAUGGCAGAGAUCGGACUACCAACGGUAUAAUUAAAGGGAGAAAUAAACUCUUUAUUAGGCCUCUCCUCACGUAUAACAAUAGCAAUCUUGUUUACUGUUAUGCCUGAACUGCACCUAACCCAUCCUUGUUGUUUCAGAUGUUCCACCCAGAGACGACUGACAUCUAUGAUAAGAAGAACAUGCCCAGGACUGUGUACUGCAUCCAUGCUCUCAGCCUCUACCUUUUCCGACUAGGUUUGGCCCCUCAGAUCCAUGACCUCUGUGGCAAGGUCAAAUUUACAGGUAAAGAGUCCCAGUAGGCCCUUACUAUUCAAUCACAACUGGUAACUGGGUUAAAGGGAAAAUACCAUAUUAAUGUUCCUCUGUCAUUCCUGUGUUUUUGGGGUAAUAUUUAUUCUCCAGAGGAGGAGAUUAACAACAUGAAACGGGAGCUGGACAAAUAUGGCAUCCAGAUGCCAGCCUUUAGCAAGAUUGGGGGAAUCUUAGCCAAUGAGAUAACAGUGGAUGAGGCUGCUGGUAAGUAGAGGCACAGAUGUUUUGCUUUGUUGUUUUCAGAUAUAGAAAAUACACCAUAUUUCAAGUUAAAAUAUGAAUUCACACUGGUCCCAAAAUGUGUUUGUUUUAGACAAGGGGUUGUCUAUUGGCGCAUUGGUACUCUCCACUUAAACUGAUAUGGAUGAGAUUCCAAAAUUGAAACGCCUAUAGACGCAUCAGAUACUAUCGAAGUUCCUCGGUCAUCGACUGUCAUCUAAGAGUCAAUGUUGUCACCGUCCUUGAAUAGUUUACCAAAAGGUUGCCUCCAUCUCCCUUCUCUCUCCCUCCAGUCCACGCUGCAGUUAUAGCUAUCAACGAGGCAGUGGAGAGGGGGCACGUGGAGGUCACUGCCCAGGCCCUGCGGAACCCCAGCGCUAUGCUCACCAACCUGCAGGAGCACCUGAUGCCAGUCUACCAGGAGAUGCUGCGCCAGGCACGGGCACAGAAGGCGGCUUUCGCCUACACCAAGGUGACUAACUGACUGAAUUAAUAUGAUCAUAAAAAAAUGCAUUUAUAGCUGUAUCCCUGGUACAGAGUGUCUGUUGGUGUCAGGAUAGUAAUCAUGUGUACUGAAUUUCUAGCGUAACGGUUCAGAGGAGAAGGAUAUCUAUGAGGAAUACCUGACCCAAAGUGAGAUUCAAGAGAACAUUGACAAAGUGAAUGGUGGGUAGGACUUAACCAUCAAACAGAUAAAUAAGAAGAUAAAUAACAAUCGGAACUAAACCGAGUAUUUUGUCACUGUGUUUGCAGUGCGUGCAGCCAUAGAGCAGGUGGACGAGGCCCUGGAUUGUGGGGACUCUAUGGCCCUCCUGGAAGCCCUCCAGGUCCCCUGUCUGGCCCUGAGGGGCCUCCAAAGAGACCACGGGCCCUGGUACCUGGAGCAGCUGGCCACUGACCGUGAACAGAAGGCCCUGGUGAGAAACUGCACAUUCACACGCACGCACCACACACACAAACAUUGUGACCCCUGACCUUUGCUCUCUGACCUGUGGCAGGACAUGGGCUGUGUGGACCCUCUGGAGCGAGAUGAGCUGCAGGAGGGGGUGUGUGUGGCUAACGAGGAGGCCCAGCACAACCAGACAAGUCAGUACAAACUCAACUAAAUACUGUAUCGUAGUCAGUUUCUAUCACAAGGGGCAUGCACUAUAUCAAUUCCAGUGACUUUUGAGUUGCUGCAUGUGUGCCCUGUCCUUUGCACUCACAAUGUUCCAUUGUAGAUCCAUCCAAAUAAAAUGUGCAUGUGUUUUAUACAGUGCAGAAAGCUGUGAGGUCCAUCAAUGAGGCCCUGCGUCUUGGGGAGCCCAGGCAGACUGUUCGUGCCCUCAUGGAUCCUGAUGCCCACCUCCCAGACGUCUACCCCUUUGCAUCAGCGCUCUACCAGAGUGAACUGGCCCCACUGCAGCGGCAGAGCCCUCAGGUAGGUUAGACUACAGUUCCCCCACCUGGCCCUUCAAGCUACCAUGGUCACCUAAUCAUCUCCACCAUCCCAUCUCAACUCAACUCAUUUUCUCUGAACUCCAUGCAAUGCUGUCUUGGCUGUAAAAAAGACUGUGUGUCCAUUAACAUUUUUGUAAAAUAAAGGUACAAAAAUGAAAAGUAAUAUAAACAAUAUAGGGGGAAAUGACCAGGUUACCGAAAUGGAAUAACUUGUUGUAUGUAAACUAACUGUAGUGAAUGUGGUCCUUGGUGCCUGCAGGGGGAGCUGCAGCAGGAGGAGCUGUUUGUAGCAGUGGAGAUGCUCUCGGCAGUGGCUCUCAUCAACCAGGCGGUGGAGGCCAAAGAUGUGGGGGCCUUCUGUGCCACGCUGGUCAGCCCUGCAGCCGGCCUGGCCGAUAUUGAUGACAGCCUAGUCCAGAGGUGGGUUUCCAGUACUACUCUCCUGACAAUUCUCAGUUGUCUCCAUGUAGCCUAGUUGCAGAUCUGUAUACUUUAACCAACUCCUUUGUUAUUUGCCUCAGGUACUUUGAGGAGCUGGGUGAUCAGAGGAGGAAGGCUGGGAGAGUUCUGCUGACAUGGAACGAGCUCCAGAGAGGACUUAACUCUGUAAACGCAGCAGCACAGGAAGAACAUGACCGUACGUUUGGAGAACUGAACACCAACUCCCAGAAACACUCUGGGUUUAGGUCCAUUGACAGAAAUAUUUUGUCGGAUGCUAUUUGACUCUAAAACCAGAGGAACACCUUGUAUUUGACUGGAUCUGCUUCCUGUUUGUCCACAGAGAUCCUCACCAUCGGGUUGAUUAACCAGGCUCUGUGCCGAGGCGACCCUCAGAAGACUCUGGCUGCACUGCUGCUGCCCUCUAGUGGCCUUGAGGAGGUGGCGACACUCAAUGCCUGCCGCUAUCACGACGUACUUACCAGAGCCCGGAAGCAGAAGGCUGAGGUAUGUCAGCCAUGAAGACAUAAUAGUUUAAAACAGGGAAUAUAAACAAGAUUUUGUCGUUCAUUAUUCAAUGCUGUGUUCAAUGCUGUGCCCUGUCCUAUCACAGGUGAGCUGUGACCCAGGAGCUGAGUUGUGGUUGGCUGACAUUCAGGAAGGAGUGAGAAGAGCCAAUCACGACACUCAAAGAGCCCUGAAGAGUGAGUUGGCAUAAUACCCUCCACAUCAUGUUUUUUUUUUAAGCCAUAUUGAAAUUCUAUACGGAAUGUAUAACUUUAUCUUAACGUUGUGUGUGGGUGUGUUUCCCUGGCCAGUGUCCCUGGGCUUGGCGGCCGUGAACCAGGCAGUGAAGGAGGGCAAGGCGUCCCAGACGCUGCGAGUCCUGCGUUUGCCAGAGGUGGCGCUACGGAGCGUUGUGGACAGAAUGCGCUGGAGCGUACCAGGCUGAACUCACCGCCCUACUAGGAGCCAAAUCUGUGGGAGGUCCGUACCCACUUCCGUGAUUCACUUGCGUUCAUUCUGGUGAUGAUCUAUGCACUAGUAGCAUAUUAGCUGCCAUAAUUGGUCAGCAUUAACCGUAGACUCAACGAUGCACAAAGUAAACAUCAAUAUCGGGUCGAUUUCAGCAACAACUAAGAGCGUUGAAGCGUGAGGCUAAACUUCUCCACUGUUUUGGUCCCGUAGCCACCACAUUGUAGCAGAGUGAAGCGCACCCGUGCUCAUGCGCAGAUACUAUGUGACUAUUGUAUCGCGCUCGUCUCAAUAUCUGCGGUGUUGCUCCUGGCAGCAUCAUAAAACUGAGUCUACCUUUAAGCUUCUAGGUAGUGACAAGCCCUAAUCUCUAUCUGAUGUACUGGGACUCAGGGGACAACCGGAGCCCAUGGCUGAAGACCAAGACUGAGGACAGCCCCUACUACUUCCACCUGCACAAGCUGGAGGGCACCUGGGAGAGACCGCAGGGCUUCGUUCAGAGCACAGUGUUCCUGGCCCACAAAGAAAUACAGGUCAAAAUACAAAAUUACCUGUAAAUACAGUGCAAACGAGCUACAGUUUGUAUUGAUUAGUUAAGCCAACAGUUAUGGCUGACUGUCUCUGUGGUCUGUCUCCCUCUACAGGCGGUGCUGAGCAGUGUGACUGCGGCCCACAGCCGGGAGGUGCAUUGGAAAGCCAGCGAGGGCCUGGUGGUGCAGCUGCAGGCCAGGGCCCAGGGAUUCCUCCUCAGACAGAGGCUGGGUGCCCGUCUGCACUUCCUCAACACCCAGCUACCAGCCGUCAUCACCAUCCAGGUCAGCUAGCUAAGGGUUAACGCAUAGAACCACAGUGCAAAGACUAACUUUACAUACCCAAAUACAUUUUCCAAACGGCACGGUGCUCAAUGUGUGUUUUUGUUUCCAGUCCCACUGGAGGAGGUUCGUACAGCAGAGGGCCUACAGAAAGAGGCUACAGUAUCUCUACCAGAACUGGAGGGCUGUGGUCACGGUAAGGUCGACCAAAUAAGCUCUUUGUAAAUUAGAUGACAAACCCUGUGUUAUCCUGUGUUGAAGUUGACAUCUGUUGUUCUUACUGUUUCUCACGUGGGUGUGUGUUUUAGCUCCAGGCCAGUGUGAAGAUGUGGAUUGCUCGGAGGAAAUACCUUUCUCGUCGGCGCUUCUUCAGACGUCACGUGAGUGCAACCAACCCAUCACCCCUGUACACAAACCCUCAUCUCUAAUUUUGAACCAUUUUGUUGGGGGGAAAUUGCUGCUUGUAGCCUGACCUUUGUCCUUCUACAGGUGGGCGCCAUUAUAAAGAUCCAGGCAUUCUUCCGAGCCAACAAGGCCCGUGAGGAAUACAGAAUGCUUGGUAGGUGGCCACAGCUCCACUCACAAGUCUGUGCCUGGUUUCCCACACUCUUUUUAUUUUUUUACAAUGAUCAUAACUAAAGUCCAAUGUAAAUACCAAGUCUAUUGCAUAAGACCAGCCUCACUUGCAUUGACAUCCCCCGUGUCAACACCUUGAUCUUUCUCUUCCAGUCCACUCCGCUACCCCGCCGCUGUCGGUAUUGAGGAAGUUUGCCCACCUGCUGGAGAUGGGUGACAACGACAUCCGCCAGGAGGGGGAGCUGCUGCGUAUGAGGGAGGAGGUGGUGAGGACCAUUCGCUCCAACCGCCAGCUAGAGACUGACCUGGACCUAAUGGACCUCAAGAUAGGACUGCUGGUCCGCAACCGUGUCACACUGCAGGUCGGAGCCUAGUUCAUUCUGUUAUUACUACACUUGUUUCAUCAAUUCUAUUUAUUUUUGUUUUGGAAUGGGCCUAGAAGUGUCCAUAGUCCAUCACACUUCUCAUCCAUUUAUGACUACAGGAGGUAGUUUCCCACUGCAAGAAGCUGACCAAGAAGAACAAGGAGCAGCUGUCGGACAUGAUGGCUCUGGACAAGAGCAAGGGCCUCAAGGCCCUGAGCAAAGACAAGAGGGAGAAACUGGAGGCUUACCAGCACCUCUUCUAUCUGCUACAGGUGAGCUGAAGGAAACAACAUUUUUUGAAUAGGUAUUAUUGAUACAGGGUCAGAUAUUUUAUCUGCCCCCUCAUAUGUGGCCUGUGCUGAGUUUUCUACAAUUGCUUGUUUAAUUUUAGUGUAUGUGUUCUCAAGACUCAGCCUCUGUACCUGGCCCAGCUGAUCUUCCUGAUGCCCCAGAAUAAAAGCACUCUCUUCAUGGAGACGGUCAUCUUCACCCUGUUCAACUACGGCUCCGACUGCAGGGAGGCCUACCUGCUGCUGCAGCUGUUCACCACUGCGCUGCGCCACGAGAUCAAGUCAGUGUUCGCACACUAUACACACACAGGCUGCUCAGGGGGAUCAAGUUGCAUUGAACUCAACAUCUCACUUUUUCUCUCUCUCUCUCCCUCCCUCUCUCAGGUGGAAGGUGGACCAGCCCCAGGAGGUGGUGACCGGGAACCCCACAGUCAUUAAGAUGUUGGUGAGUUUCUACCGCCAUGCCCGCGGUCAGACUGCGUUGAAGGAGAUCCUGGGGCCGGCCAUUAGAGAGGUGCUGCAGGACCGCACCCUCAGCAUCCGCACGGACCCCUGCGAGAUCUACAAGAGCUGGGUCAACCAGACCGAGACCCAGACCGGCCACAAGAGGUCAGCACUGAGCCAGGAGCAAAUGUAGUAUCACAGCGGCACACACACAUACUCCUAUAGAGAUCCCUCUACUAGAGUUGGCUUGACUAGACAGUUUUAGAUUGGUCAGUAUACAGCAAGAAAUACAUAUACUAUGCAGACUGGUUUACUUACUUUAGUUGAAUGCACUGAUUUGAUUUGCUCAUGACUGGGAUUUAAAGAUAUGUACUCAGAUUGGCUUCGAGGUCCAUUGAGAACAGUAUGUACAUGCAUACAGACACAGCAACAUACUCUGUCUCCUCUCCCCACCCCCAGCUCCCUGCCCUAUGAGGUGAGUGCAGAGCAGGCCCUGGCCCACCCCGAGGUACAGCGUCGCCUGGACAUCUCCAUCGUCAACCUUAAGAACCUCACAGACCGCCUGCUCAACGCUAUCACCAGCAACCUGCACAAAUUACCGUAAGAGGCCCUCCAUGUGCACUCUGCAGAGCUUCUUUUUCAUUCUCAAUGUAAUUAGUUUGAAUCACAGCAACCUAAUCAAACAGCUGUUGGACAUUCACGUCUUCUUCUCACCAGAUUUGGCUACAAAUUGAUUUAGUUUGAUUUGUUUCUCUGAGACUUUAUUUUCUGUGAUGGGAGUUCAACUCUCAGGUUUUCUCCUUCCUCCCACUGUUUCAGAUAUGGGAUGCGCUACACAGCCAAGGUCCUGAGAGAUUCUCUACAUGAGAAGUUUCCUCAGGCCAGCGAGGACGAGCUUUACAAGGUAUACUACUGACCAGAUCGUUUUCAGAUGUUAGAUAAUCACUGGUGUAGAUACGGUUUGUUUGUGUCAGAUUGGGGAACCUGGUGUUAUGAUGGUUGUGUUGUGGUCAGAUUGUGGGGAACCUGGUGUUAUGAUGGUUGUAUUGUGGGGAGCCUGGUGUUGUGGUCAGAUUGUGGGGAGCCUGGUGUUAUGAUGGUUGUAUUGUGGGGAGCCUGGUGUUAUGAUGGUUGUUGUGGUCAGAUUGUGGGGAGCCUGGUGUUAUGAUGGUUGUGUUGUGGUCAGAUUUUGGGGAGCCUGGUGUUAUGAUGGUUGUGUUGUUGUGUCAGAUUGUGGGAGCCUGGUGUUAUGAUGGUGUUGGUGAUUGGAGCCGUGGUGGUCAGAUUGUGGGGAGCCUGGUGUUAUGAUGGUUGUGUUGUGGUCAGAUUGUGUGGAGCCUGGGUAUGAUGGUUGUGUUGUGCGUCAGAUGUGGGGUGUUAUGAUGGUUGUGUUGUGGUCAGAUUGUGUGGAGCCUGGUGUUAUGAUGGUUGUGUUGUGGUCAGAUUGUGUGGAACCUGGUGUUAUGAUGGUUGUGUUGUGGUCAGAUUGUGGGAGCCUGGUGUUAUGAUGGUUGUGUUGUGGUCAGAUUGUGGGGAACCUGGUGUACUACCGCUACAUGAACCCAGCCGUGGUGGCUCCGGAUGGUUUUGACGUGGUAGAGUUCUCGGCCGGCUCCUCCCUGCUCCCUGAGCAGCGCCGCAUCCUGGGUUCCAUCGCACGCAUCCUGCAGCAUGCCGCCUCACACAAACACUUCCACGGCGACGGCGCUCACCUGCGCGCCCUCAACGACUACAUUACCCUGACGCACUCCAAGUUCCGGUGAGUCAUCCCGUCUUUUUAGCGCAACCUCCACCACCUUUUCAGAAGAGAGCUUUAUUACUAUAAUUAGGCUAUACAUGCUAAAUGGCUCUUAAGCAUUAUUCAUAUAUCUUCCGCAGUAAGUUCCUGCGUGCUGCGUGUGACGUGCCGGAGCCAGAGGAGCGUUUUAACAUUGAUGAGUACUCUGAGAUGGUCAUCCUCAACAAGCCUGUCAUCUACAUCUCCAUCAGUGAGCUCCUCAACACACAUAAGGUCUGGAUGCCACAUAAGCUAAAGAUGCAUACUAACUUUUUGUUUUUAAUGGGUUCAGGGGGAGGUGGGUUGGGAACAGACCUUUUCAUUUUAGUAGAUCCUGUGCACUAAAGUGUGUGUGUGUGUGUGUGUGUGUGUAGCUUCUGCUGGAGCAUCAGGACUCCCUGUGUCCUGACCAGUCUGACCCGUUGCUGACUCUGCUGAGAGACCUGGGGAAGGUGCCCACUAUCCAUGCUCUGGUUGGUGAGGGGGCUGUAAGCCCCGCGGAGCCCCAGACAGAGCAGACCCUGGCCCAGUACAGUAAGAUGGAGGUGUCCCUCACCCUCACCAGCAAGUUUGAUGUGUUCAGGGGCUCUGACGAUCACCCUGAUGCCAGGGGGAUUCUCCUCAGGUAGGGGCUUAAACCAUUUAACAUUUCAGUGUGGUAAGACUAUCACACAAUGAAAAUGGCAUGUCUAAUGUGAAGUGUGUGUGCUUGUGUUUUGCAGUACCAAACAGUUGAUCAUCGACGUGAUCCGAGCCCAGCCUGGAGACACACUGAGUGAGGUCCUCAGAGCCGCCUCCUCUCAGGAUCAGGUAUAUUCCACAGCUCUUCACUGGGCUCCCACACACCCUCUUUCUCUCACUAAUCCAUCCAUGGGGAGUUGGUAGUAGUUAACCCCCUAACCGCUGGUGUAUUCCUCUCAGGAGGUGCAGCACGGGUGGAUGAUGCACCGCCGCGCCCAGAGGGACGCCCGCACCCCCGAGAAGAUGAAGAGGAACCAGUCGAUCGUUGCCGACGGCAACCUGUCUCUGGAGGAGAAGAAGCGGAAGAUCCAGCGUAGCCUGAGGAGGCUGGAGAGCCUGGGGGUCCUGACCCCACCUGACUCUGAGACACAGAUACUACAGCUCAUAGCCAAGGUGGAUGGAGACAGAUAUCAUACCAAAUCAACUACAUCUAGCUCGUCGCAAUUGGUCGCCAUUUUGUAUUUGCAAAAAAAAUAAUAAUAAUGUUUUACCUUCUUUCCAAACCACCCCUCCCAGGACAUCCGCCACCAGCGUCUGUACCGGCAGCGUCGUCAGGCUGAGCUGGUCAAGCUGAGACAGACCAUGGGCAGCCUGCACUGCAAGAGCUCCUUCCACAGCGAACAGGUGGACUUCUACAGUCAGUACAUCACCACCUGCUUGGAUAACCUCACCGCCAAACACAGGUACACACAAACACAUGUGGGAGUGUGACCACACUGCUUGAGGUUCAGUAGGAAAACUGCAACACACUGCUACUGUGCUGAGUUCUCUCUCUCUCUUCCUCAGUAAGGUGAGUGGAAAGAAGGCAGCGGAGAGCAAAGGGAAGAAGAGCAAGCAGCCCACUCUGACCUACACUGCUGCCCGUUUACAUGAGAAAGGAGUCCUGUUGGAGAUCGAGGACCUGCCAGUUACACAGUGAGUAUACACACACACUCAAGCAUGAAUGUGCACACACACCACCCUACCAAAUCACCAUGUAUGGUUACCUAGGUCCUCAAGAAAUGACAUGUAUUUUAUUAUUUCUCCUCAGGUUUAAGAAUGUGAUCUUUGACAUUGUGCCGGGUGAGGAGGGCGGCACGUUCCAGGUGAAGGCUCGCUUUUUGGGGGUGGACAUGGAGAAGUUCCCCCUCAAAUACCAGGUGAGUCUGGGUAGUAGGAGAAUGAAACUAGAACAGACAUUUAAAUACAAACCUAUGGUCUGUGUUUGUGUAAUUGAUGUAUAUCACAGUCUCACUGAAAUCAGUGCUCUAUAUUGCAUUUGCUGCAAUUAUAAAUUAUUUUGUGCUGCUAUUUUGAAAAAUCCUGGAUUUCAGAACUGUCUAUUCACACAUCUGUGUUUGUAGGACCUGCUGCAGCUGCAGUAUGAGGGAGUGGCGGUGAUGAAGAUGUUCGACAAGGCCAAAGUCAAUGUCAACCUGCUCAUCUUCCUCCUCAACAAGAAGUUCUUCAAGAAG